CACCGUGUCGUCGUCGACAAAGACGACGAGCAGCAGACCGCGUCGCCAGCAGUACGAGCAGCGAGCAGCGCGCUCUGUCUAAGUGAAUUUGGCCCCAUAAAGCGCGCGUGCGCGGAAAAGACAAGCCACAAGAAAUGGAUUCGGACUCGAUAUUCAGUCCCUGGAACAUCUCGCAGCCCCAGCCGCCGUUGGACAAGGCGCCUAACGAAAACGCGUGGAUGAGGAACCAAGCGUCGCCACCGGUCAGCGCGUCGGCGGGGGCAAUGGAUCAAACGGGUGGAUUUCCUGGAUUAGCAGGUGACCCUGGCGUCGUGGGUUCUUCGAGCGGGUUACAGAGCACGGGCUAUGUUCCGUACGAUCAGUACUAUCUGCCCUCGACAUACACGUCCUCGUAUCAGACGACUCAGUGGCAGAAUCAGCCGUCGGCCUACAGUACGAUCAAUCAUGCGCUGGGCCCCACUCAUCCGCCCUCGUCCCAGAGCACGCCCACGCCUUCAUCCAUGGUCAUAGACCCGUCUUUGACGACCUCGAACGGCAACGACAUGCAACGAUAUGGCGGCUACUUUGGACAGGCCUCGACCCCAUUACCCACUCCACCUACACCCCAGCAAUUGCAGAUGCACUAUCAGCAGCAUCAAGUCCAGCAACCGUCGACCCAACCUCAGCAGCAACAGCAGGCACAGCAACGUCCACCCUCGUCACAAGCACAAGGCUACCCCUACUCUGGCUACAACAGUUCCUACCAGCCCUUUUACUCGCACAACCCUUCACAAGGGCAUUCGAACUCCCCUCAACCACCCACUGUCUCUCCGUCAUCCCUCCAAACGCCCUCUCCUUUCGCGCCCGUUGCUCCUCAACAGUUCUAUAGCACCAAUUCUGUAACAGCGACCGCGUCCAGCUCGUCUACGACCUCCAGCGUCCCGGCCUCGCAACCGCCGCAGCCCGCGGGCCCGACGCCGGAAGAAAAGAGGAGCAGGUUCAUAGCAGCAUUGCGCCCCUUGCUGGCUGAUAGUUCUUUUACCGGCGCUCAGGCUGUGAAUUUACUCAUGGACCGAAUCCACGAUUACGGUGUUGACGAUGUAGAUGCGCCCACGCGGAAGACGAUUCUAAAUGCCAUUCGCGAUCAUGCUGGCAAUCAUUAUUUCCGCGCGUGGUCGGAGAAUCCCGAGGCCAUCGAUGUCACACGCGACUGGCUCAAGCAAGGCUAUCAAGCGAAGGAUGAGACGGUCAUGCCGCUGCUGCACUUGAUAGACCGCCUGCCGUUCACGGUGCAAACGCUGGCAGAGUCCAAAAUCGGCAAGGUGGUCCGCAAGCUCGUCAAGGAAGGGUCUAGCGCCGCAAUCAGGGAUAUGGCACACAAUCUCGAACGCCGGUGGAAGGCAAUGCUAGACAAGCCCGAUGUGAACAAGGCCAAGCCGGGCGAGAAGCGCAAGCCGACGGAGCCGCCGCCAGCGAAGCCUGCACCAACCAAGAAACAGGCGGUCGCAUCCUCGGCGGCGAAGCCGACGUCGGUGAAGAGGGACUCGCUUUCGGGAGCGUCGACGACCAAGUCCGCCGCCGCCGCGAAGGCGGACACGGGCUUUUUCAGCGCACCCAAAGCCAAGCCAAAGCUGCCUUCGUUCAAGAAAUCGACGACGAGUGCGCCGGCGGAGGUGAAGAAGCCUCCGGUGGUGGACGCUGGGAUAGCGCAGCCGAGCUCGGUGGACCCGUUCAAGGAGCUGAUCAGUCAGACGAAGAGGGGGAGUCCGGUGGUGUCGACGCCGCAGGUAAACGCUGCACCGAAGGCGAACGAGGCGGGGGCGAAGGGCGGGAAGAAGAAGAAGAGCGUGACAUGGGCGCCGGAUGGUAAACUGGAGAGCAUACGGCUCAUUGAGAAGGCGGUGUACGAUGAUGACGGGACCGCCCCUCAUCCUCAACAUCACGACCUGCGCGACUUCGACCGUGGAGAGGGUGCUGCGCUAAAACACCUCUUCGAAGAGGUCGUCGACUGGUUCGAGCCCGUCUUGAUCGAGAUCAAGGACGAAGAGCGCUACGACCGCGGGCUUCAGAGUCUCGAGAAAGAGGCGCAGGAGCAGCGCGAGGCGACGGCGCUCGCCGCCUUAUACCCCGACCCAUCACUUAUACCCGCCUGCCCAACAGAGCCAACCACUGUUCUGUCAGAAGAGGAGACGGAUCAGGGCGUGGUGCGCAUGAGUGCCGGGAAGGACAUCGAGAGCGAGAUCGACGACCACCCGGGCGACGACUUUGCGCCCCCGCCCUCCAUGGGCUCCGUUGCUGAGCUUGUUAAUCAGCUCGCUGCAGGUAACUCCUCGUUUGUCGACCCUGCGAUGAGCGCGGUGCCGUUCAACGCGCCGGCGGGCCUGGAUCUGAAGGCGGCGGGAAUGGGGCCGGAUCAAAAUCUGGGGGCGCUGAGGGAUGCGUCCCAGGAGACGAUUCAGAACCUGCUCUCGCAGCUGCAGAACACCAUGGCGGCGCAGGUACCCCCGCCACAGCAGCCGCCCACGUACCAAUGGGGUGCGGGCGGCGGGGGAGGCGGCCCCGAAGCGGCGCCGGCGAACGGAUACGGUGAAUACGAGCAGAGGUGGGGCAACAAUAAUGGGCACGCCGAUGGGGGUGGCUUUGGGCGCGGUCGGGGUCGCGGACGGGGGCGAGGUGGUGGCGGCGGCGGGGGAGGCGACCAUAGAGCGUAUAACAAAAGAAAGCCGUGCAGUUUCUUUCAGCAAGGAAGAUGUCGAUACGGCGAUCAAUGCGACUUCUUGCACGAGCUGCAGUAGACGAAGCAAGAUCUAUGGCGCUCGGAAAUCCUUGACGGAGGCCUUGUCGCAAGGCUCAUUAUCAUUCCUUAUGGCCACGAACUUCUUGUCUUUAUACAUUACCUGCAUUCCACCUGCACUACUUAUUCAUGCCAAGUACGCACACAUUCAUAAUAUAGCAUCUUAUCUAUCUAUGUCGUGUAGAACCACGCAUGUGCCAAAUCCCAUGUAUCUCCCAUCGGAC